GCGGCGGGAGGAGGGCCCUCGGUGGAUGGGCGGUUGGCAGCCGGCAGCGGUACCAGUACCAGUACGGCGGCGGUCGUUAGCUGGGGCGCAGAGGAUGAGCCUGUGAGGGCGGAGGAGCACAGGUGGGGGUGAAGCUCGGCCAGAGCAGAGCGAUGUCCCAGCCUCAGCAGCAGCAACAGCCGCCGCCGCCACCGCCGCCGUCUCCUCAGCAGCAGCCGCUGCCUUCGGCCGCCUCCAAGAAGAGGGACCGGCGCAUCUUCUCGGGUACCUGCCCGGACCCCAAAUGUCAGGCGCGGCUCUUCUUCCCGGCCCACGGGCCGCAGAGCAGCGGGAGCAUCGAGUGCACGGACUGCGGGCAGCGUCACGAGCAGCGGCAGCUGCUGGCCGUGGAGGAGGUGACGGACCCCGACCUGGUGCUACACAACCUGCUGCGAAACGCGCUGCUGGGCGUCAGUGGUGCCGGCCCACCCCGCAGGAACACCGAGCUCGUCAAAGUCAUGGGCCUCUCCAACUACCACUGCAAGCUCCUGGCCCCCAUCCUGGCUCGCUACGGGAUGGACAAGCAGACUGGCAAAGCCAAGCUCCUCACGGAGAUGAACCAGGGAGACAUCUUUGACUGUUCCCUCCUGGGUGACCGCGCCUUCCUCAUUGAGCCGGAGCAUGUUGAAACGAUCGGAUAUGGAAAGGACCGUUCCGGCAGCCUCAUCUACCUGCAUGACACCCUGGAAGACAUCAAGAAGGCCAACAACAGUCAGGAGUGCCUCAUUCCAGUCCAUGUGGAUGGAGAUGGCCACUGCCUCGUCCACGCAGUCUCGCGGGCACUUGUUGGCAGGGAACUGUUCUGGCAUGCUCUGCGGGAGAAUCUAAAGAAGCACUUUGAGGAGAACCUGAGUCACUACAAGGCACUUUUCCAUGACUUUAUUGAUGCAGCAGAGUGGGAGGACAUUAUCAAUGAAUGUGACCCUUUGUUUGUUCCUCCAGAAGGUGUGCCAAUGGGCCUUAGGAAUAUUCACAUCUUUGGCCUGGCCAAUGUGCUUCACCGGCCUAUCAUCCUGUUAGACUCCUUGAGCGGAAUGCGGAGCUCUGGAGAUUAUUCGGCGACGUUCCUCCCUGGCCUGAUACCCUUAGAAAAAUGCAUGGGAAAAGAUGGCAUGUUGAACAAGCCAAUCUGCAUAGCCUGGAGUAGCUCAGGACGAAACCAUUACAUUCCUCUAGUUGGAAUAAAAGGUGCUGCUUUACCUAAACUGCCUAGGAAGCUACUUCCUAAAGCCUGGGGAGUCCCUCAAGACCUCAUCAAAAAGUACAUCAAGUUAGAGGAGGAUGGUGGCUGUGUCAUUGGAGGAGACAGAAGUUUGCAAGAUAAGUACUUGAUGAGGCUUGUUGCUGCAAUGGAGGAGGUUUUCAUGAGUAAACACGGGAUCCAUCCCAGUCUUGUAGCUGAUGUACAUCAGUAUUUCUACAGAAGGACUGGUGUAAUAGGAAUCCAGCCUGAAGAAGUCACUGCAGCUGCCAAAAAAGCAGUGAUGGACAACCGCCUUCACAGGUGCCUCAUCUGUGGGGCCCUUUCAGAGCAUCAUGUUCCUCCAGAGUGGCUGGCUCCCGGGGGGAAGCUAUAUAACCUGGCAAAAAGCACUCAUGGACAACUGAGGCCUGACAAAAAUUACAGCUUUCCCCUGAACAGUUUGGUGUGUUCCUACAACCCCGUGAAGGAUGUGCUGGUACCAGACUAUAGCCUGAGUAGUUUGACUGCUUGUAACUGGUGUCAUGGUAACUUAGUGCGUCGCGUCAGAGAAGAUGGAUCUGUUUCGUAUUUGGAUGGAGACAGAACUAAUACUCGGUCCACAGGUGGCAAAUGUGGCUGUGGGUUCAAGCACUAUUGGGAAGGUAAAGAAUAUGACAACCUCCCUGAAGCUUUUCCUAUUACUCUAGAGUGGAGUGGAAGAGUGGUGAGAGAGACCGUCUACUGGUUCCAGUAUGAAAGUGAUGCUUCUCUGAACAGCAAUGUGUAUGAUGUCGCCAUGAAACUUGUUACCAAGCACUUCCCUGGGGAAUUUGGUAGUGAGAUUCUUAUUCAGAAAGUUGUCAACACAAUAUUGCAUCAAACUGCCAAAAAGAACCCUGAUGAUUAUACCCCUGUAAAUAUUGAUGGUGCUCAUGCCCAAAGAGCUGAUGAUGUACAGCAAGGACAAGAGUUAGAGUCACAACUUCCAACCAAAAUUAUUUUGACUGGACAGAAGACAAAAACUUUGCACAAAGAGGAGUUGAACAUGAGCAAAGCUGAAAGAACUAUUCAGCAGAACAUUGCAGAUCAGGCUUCUGUAAUGCAGAAACGGAAGAGUGAAAAACUGAAACAAGAGCAUAAAGGGCAACCUAGGACUGCUUCUCCUGGGGCUGCUCGUGAGGGGCCAUCAUCUGCACCUGCUACACCAACAAAAGCCCCCUAUUCUCCAACAUCUGCAAAAGAAAAGAAAAUUCGAAUAACCACGAAUGAUGGGAGGCAGUCAAUGCUGACACUGAAGUGCACUACCACCUUCCUGGAACUGCGGGAAAGCAUAGCAAGAGAAUUUAAUAUUCCUCCCUAUUUGCAAUGUAUUCGUUAUGGCUUUCCUCCUAAAGAGCUGCUGCCUCCCAAAGAAGGCAUGGAAAAUGAGCCUGUUCCUUUGCAGCACGGUGACAGGAUUGCCAUAGAAAUCCUGAAAGGUAAGGAGGAAGGCAGGCAGUCUGCUUCAGCACAUGCGGCCCAUGCUGUGAAACAUGAAGACGUUGCUCUGACUAGUAAAAUCUCAUCAAAAGAACUACAAGAGCAAGUGGAUAAGGAGAUGUAUUCUCUCUGUCUUCUAGCAACACUAAUGGGGGAAGAUGUUUGGUCCUACGCAAAGGGGCUUCCUCAGUUGUUUCAGCCAGGUGGAGUAUUCUACAGCAUGAUGAAGAAAACCACAGGUUUGGCUGAUGGCAAGCACUGUACUUUCCCACAUCUGCCUGGUAAAAACUUUGUAUACAAUGCAGCAGAAGACAGAUUAGAGCUGUGCGUGGAUGCUGCUGGGCACUUUCCUAUUGGUCCUGACGUUGAAGAGUUGGUUAAAGAGGCCUUAAGUCAAGUGCGAGCAGAAGCUACUUCAAGAAGCAGGGAAGCAAGUCCUUCACAUGGAAUGCUGAAGCUGGGUAGUGGUGGAGUGGUGAAAAAGAAAUCUGAACAACUACAUAACAUAACUGCAUUUCAAGGAAAGGGCCAUUCCCUGGGAACUGCAUCUAGUAGUCAACAACAUGAUCAAAAAGCCAGGGAAACACCACUUUUAAGAAAGCAUAGCACAGAAACAGACUUCAGUCCUUCUACUAAAAUUGAGCCUUCUGUAUUCACAGCUGCUUCUGGUAACAGUGAGCUUAUCCGAAUUGCACCGGGAGUUGUGACAAUGAGAGACAGCAGGCAGCUUGACCCCACUUUGAUUGAGGCACAGAGAAAAAAGUUGCAGGAAAUGGUCUCUUCUAUUCAGGCUUCAAUGGAUAGACAUUUGCGGGAUCAGAAUACAGAGCAGUCAGCAUCAGUUGAUCUAUCUCAAGGAAAAGUAGAGGCAGUGAGUUCAACUGCUAAAACUGGGAGCUUUCAGGCUGCCUUACCCGAAUCACUGUCUGCACCAGGUGGUACUGAACACUUGAAUACUGAAUCAACUGAUAGUAACAUGGUGAAUUCUGUGGGAACAACAUUCCCUGCAAGGUCUAAAGCACAAAAGGGAAAUUCUGUUGAGGAGCUUGAGGAGAUGGAUAGUCAAGAUGCAGGAAUCACUAAUGCAACUGAGCCAAUGGAUCACUCUUGAUAGGUUAAAAUCUAAUAAGGGUAGAAAAAAUUACUGUUCAAAUGUAAUGUUUAUUGGCUGGGCCACACAAAGUGAUUAGUUAUUAAGUCUUGUAUGUAUGUCAAAGAUUAUAUCAUCUUAUUCAGUGCAUGAUAAGCGUGUGAUUGGCAAUAGCUUUCAAUAUUACCAUACUGCUGCCCAGGCUGGCUCUGUUACCUUUAAAUUAGUUAUUAGGAAAUGCACUGAGAUGAAUAUCUGCUGUAAAUGUGGGUUCUUGAAAAUUCUUUGUAAUUUUUAAUUCUUUAAAAGUCUUAAAAUUGAAGCCCAUUCUUACCAUGCUAGUUUAAGGUCACUGGAAAGGCUAGAACAGGAAUAACUAGAAACGUGACUAAAUUAAUCCUGUCCCAGGCACUUAAUUCUGCUUGAAAACACACUAUAAACAUGAAUUGCACGUAAAUUUCAAAAAGCAACUAAAACUGAACUUCUGCUAAAUUUGAUAAUGUAGCCUAUACAGUACUUCAGUUACACUCUGCUUGCACUUCCUCCAACUUAAAAACGUUCAUUCAUACAGAUAUAUAUGCUUGUCAGAAAUCUUGAAAAGUGUAACUUUACUGAACUCUCUAAUUUCUCCACAUUAUCAGUUUAAGCAAGUUAGAAAAAAGGGUACUUAGUGUAUGAUGAAGAUAAAGUGAAUGUGGUGUGGUUAUGCUUGGCUGUCUGAGCCAACACAACCAUUUUGGUGCUCUGUUAGUAAGUGAUAGCAUGUUUUUAUUUCCUUCCAAAUACUCAACUGGUUAGAUCCUGUGCAACUUUUAACACAACUACAGGAGAGAAGGUGGCAAUUGCAGGAAACAACAAAUGUUCAAUGGCAAAUCCAUUUUUUCUUUUAAAAUACUUUAAUUACUAGCAUUGGUUAGUAAUGGCAAAAAAUAAAUAGCUGGCAUUUUUAAAGCAAAUUAACAAUUUAUUGGAAGGAAACAACUCUCUUAAAAUAUAUUCUCCUAAAGUGUUCAGUGACAGUGGAGCUAGUGGAAGCGCACUGUUUACUGCAUGAAAACAAGGGGAAUACAUGCCAUUUCAGUGUCAGUAAAGACUACCCACCUCUAUUAGCCUCGCUUCAGUUUGUGAUGCAGCAUUCCCUGCAUCAGUGAUAAUACAUCUGGUCUCCACUUAAGUAGUGUGUUCAUCAGACCUGCAGUGCUAGUUUUUAAGAAGCAGCCAUUGUGCUUGCUCCCUAAGGAUGGAAUGUGUAUCUGAUACUGGAGUUUGCUUUUGAUCUUCAUAGUCAUAUUAAAUGCACUAUUGUUGCUUCCUCUAAUGGUAAAAUAACACUGAAUGGGUGAAAGAUGUUAAUACAGCUUCAAAGGAAUUAAGAACAUUUAAAUAUUGAAGUCUGUGUUCAUGCACAUGUGGGUUUUUACCAGUUCACAAAUGUUGUGUUGCAUAUGCUUGUAUUCAGAAAGGUCUCACUUCUUACAUUGCUAAUCCCGUAAACAGUUCUGAGCAUUAGAAGAGAGGAUUUAUUUUCUUAUAGAAAAAUUAACAGAAGCAAGUCACUUGAAGAACAGCCCUGUUUUGUCAAAGUAAAUUCAAAUGCCUCUUGGUUAACUUUUUAUGUAGAGAGAAUAAAUGUUUUAUGAUUUAGUACACUAUAGGUAAAAAAUAAGAAUCACCUUUUCAGAAAUAAAUGAAAAAUUUGAAGAUCCUAAAUUGCUAACCUGUAAGUUAGCUAUUUGGAAGCUUGGAAUGUAUCAAGUAAUUUGGCUCACCAGAACUGAACUUGGUGAUGCACUGAUUAACUGGCAGGGCUUAUUCAGUGAGAAACAGGAUGCACAUGUAGCAGCUGGAAGCCUGCCAUGAAUCUGAAAACAUUUAGUCUUCCAUGAAUCAGUUGAGCUGUCUGAAGGCUACUUCCAUAUAGAAAAUGUGAGUAGAGGCUUGUGCUUUGCCAUGGUGUGAGCUGUAGAACAGUAUAGCAGUGACACGUCCUUGGGAAGGAGUUUAAGUCAGGGGAGGCUGAGGAGGAGGAAUCUCCUAGAUCUCAUGCAUUUUGACAAGCUAACUACCACUUAGUUUUAACCUUUUCUUUAGAAAAAGAAGUCUUCCUUGGCUGAAAAAAAUAUAGGCAGUGUAUAGGAGACAAUUCCAAGUUUGGAAUAAAUUGGAAUCUUUAUUGCAUAUCAUCCUUACUUAAAGAGAAGAUUGCUUACUUCUUUCAUGCCUUUCUAGUAAGACUACAGACUUUUGUGUGCCUUUACUGUAUUAAGAGGAAGGCUUAGUUUAAUUUUGACACACUUCCUGUUUCAGCAGUAAUUUGACAUUUUCCUUCUUAUCUAAAUAGAAACAGACACUCUGUCUAACUCGCCGUUAGCGUCUUCUCGGGUCCAUUCAAGUCAUGUAGAUGAGAACUCUUCAGUUCCUAAAACAAAAUAGUCUCAAAAAGGAAUGGUGUCAAAGUCAUGAGAUGGGCUGAUAUGAAUUCCUCUGGUGUAAAACAGGAUUGUGUGUAUUUCUUUGCAGUGUUCUUAUUUCACGUGGCUUUCUCAUGCAUUUAAGUAUCAGUGUUUUUGAGAAAGAUGGCUUUUGAUACUCUCAAGUGGAGCUAAACUUCAUCUGCGUGCUGGUGAGAUGUGUAACUGUUCAGGAGAAGUGAAAUAAAGAACACUGAAGUGUAAGUUUGAACAGAUGUUUCAUUUGAUUGCUAGCAGUGAGUGCAAAUUUGAGUUGAGGCAAAUCUGUGUCGCUGUCUCAGAAGCACCCGUGUGAUUGUUAAAUUUUCCUGUUAGAGCCAGGAAAAUGGUGGUGGGGUACAAGGGCAGGGAAGAUGUGGACUCAUUGUGGAUGUGAAGCCAUGUCAACUUCUCAAACAGUGUGGAGUGUCCUCUUUCUCAUAAAAACCCCAAAUGCUAAGUUCUUGCUACUGAAUUGCCUGUGGACAAGGUUGUGGUUCCAAAUUCUUUUCGAAUACUUGCCUUGAGUACUUCCUUGACUAGGGUCCAUCUCCUUCUACACAGUGUCUCAUGGCAAAGACGGCUUACAUUAUUUGAAAAUCCUAAACUUUAUUCUGGCUUAUUAUUUAUAACCUAAAUGAAAGAUGAUUACUGAAAAUACAGGCUCAGUAGAGAAGAAAAAAAAAUAUAAAAGAGAAAUGACUAGAUUGCUGGUGAGCAUAUGGGAAACCUCAGGAGAACAGAUUGGUUUUCCAGGCAGAGGCAAGAUUUUUACUACUUCUAUGGCUGGCUGCUUAGCAAGGUUGACUUUGGUAUUGCUGUUUCACUGUGAAUUGUUUGUGUUUCAGUGAGGGGAUAAUAAAUAGCAGCUUUUCAAAUGAAGUUGUAUAAAUAUAUUUGGGAUGCCUUCGCUAUUAUAGUCACAUAGCAGCAAUGUAUAUUGUUGGUUUUGUGAAACCUAUAUAGUUUACUAGUCUUCUGAGAGACACAGAAUGUGAGGUAGGCGCUGCCUCCAAUGGAAUGCUCUAGCAUCAGCACAGCUGCAGGGCUGUGUGCUAACAACCCUGUGCAACAGGCACACUUUCAAGACCAAAAUGCUUAAUUUGAAAUCUUUCAAAAAGUAGAAUCUGUUGUCACUGUCGCAAGGUUAGCAGAGUUGCUUGCUACUUUUUCAAUGUGCUGAAAAUGCCAGGUAAUAAAAUUCAUAGUAUGCUUACAAUUGGGAGAGCAAUGCUUCAUUUGAAAUGUAUGAAAAAUGAAUGAUAUAAGAAGAUGCCACUGUUAUCUCUACAUUUGUUUGGCUCCUAUUUUCAUAUAUCAGAAUCUACAUGCUUUUGUAAAAUAAUGAUAUGAAGUUAAUCCUUCUGUUAAAAAAGAAAAGCCUACAUCAGUGUUUUCUUUGUUUUUGCUUGUGGAUAUCAGUUUAGUUUCUUAAAAUUGAAGAAGUUGCUUAAGAUCUUUAGAAUGCAGGAUUCCCUCUGAGCCCUUAUGCCUGCGGUUGAGCAAUAAAAGGUGGAAAUGUGUGGUAUUUUCAGAAUUAUUUUAGGUUUCAUGAGGAUUAUUGCCAAGAAAUGAGAGUGCACUUUUAGGAGGGAAUGCUAUUUAAAGUGUAUAAAUAAGAAUUAAAAUAGUGUAUAUAUAUUUAGAAAACAAAUCUUUUUAAACAGUGCUUUACAUGUUGAAUUAAAAAUAAAUUAGCAUAUAAACUAUACCAUCUUCACAGACCUGGCUGCUACCCAGCACAGUUUGGUUUGUUUUAUUUGUGAUUGCUGUACUAAUUAUAUUUGAUUUUUUUUUAUCUGUAAUGUAACAAUAGUGUAUUAUAACAGUAUAUAGUGUACUAUACUACACUUCACUGUACAGUAUUUGGAAUUUUCUUUGAUUGCUAUAUUAAAACUAUAAGUUAAAACA